UCGCAGACCUGGCUGUCAAAUUACAUGUAGCGUAAUGUCAACAAUAGAUGUCAACUGUGCAAGAAUAGAUUGUUUUUCCAAGCAAAAGUUGGUGCAUUUAGUUGUAAAUUGAUAAAGAAUCUUGUGCCGGUUUUGCGUUGUCUUUAAAAUAUCUUCCCGUCCGUGACUGUUCCACGCUUGGCCGUGAGUUUUAUCGUGUGCGUACAAGGGACAUCAGAUUGCUGUCUGUGUGAGAGCCAUGUACAGGAGUUGGGUCCGUUGUAAUGUUUACAGAUAGGUGGUAUAGCUGUGCAGUUUUUGGUUCCUAAAGGCACAGGAUUAGGCGUAUAAUAUGUGGCCCGUCCUGUGUUGCUCUCUGUUGAACGUUCUUGCCCAUUGACACAUUCCUAUCCUCUUUGUGGAGGACUAGAUCAGAACGCGGUAGUCAUUGAUGUUGUACGCGAAAUGUAUUCAAAGUCCUAAACUAUCCUACGGCUAGCAACACGACGAACGCCCAUUCACGCUUCGUGCCAAGUUCCUCGGUCGCCGUAUCAUCCAGCACAAGCACACGAUCCUCUUCCUUCAACUAUGAUAACCUUCGGCUGGACGAUAUUCUGUGUGCCGUCUGCCAGUCGGUUCUUAACGAGCCGGUGUUUCUACCGUGCCAACAUCUGUUCUGCCGGAACUGCAUCCGCGGCACGAUCGAAACAAACAACCUGUACUGUCCUUGCUGUCGGAAACGGUUCGGUACAUGGUAUCGGAACGCUUCCCGUGCCAACGAACUCGUGCACGAGCAGCUUUGGCAAGCGAUCCAAAGCCAGUUCCGUGAGCACCUGGACGAGGACACUCCAUCCGGUUCGGCGAAGGGUUCCACCGGGCAACAAAUAAAGCCGCUAUACACAGAGCCACCAACCAUCCAUCUAGCCAAUCCGGGAGAAAUCCGGAAGGAGUACAAGGAAGAAAUGAAACGUGUUCAAAAAGAGAUUCUGGAAGAAAAAACGAAAGAACUGACCGCUUCCGAGCAGUACAUCAUUAAUCUAUACAAGCAGGAAGGAAUAAUUGACCUGGCUGACAACAGCAGCCACGUUUCGGUGUCCUCGGCAACCACACCCGAUCUGGCGGAUGGUGCGGGGGGUGAUAAAGCACCCACCGAAGAUCCGAUGCCAUCUAGUUCCGGAUCGGUGGCUGGCCCAUCCAUGAUACGCAAACCCACUUUGCCAAACCCGUUAGGGACGCUUAACAACGGAAUGAAGGCGUCCAGUACAUUCAACCCAAUUUCUCCUUCGACGGCAAGUGUUAUCUCCAUUUCCUCAACGUCAUCAGCUGCAUCCGGCGUAACGGCCUCGUCCUGCGCUACAUCUUCCGCCUCUGGACGCUACAGCUUAAUCAAAUCGGUUGCCCAAAAGGUCGGUCGAUCGGCCGAAAUCGUAAAGCAAAAGGUGCAGGACACGUUCCUGCACGGAUUGACUGCGGGGAAAUUGCAGCAACAUCAGCGCACCCUGAACGCGAUCGAUCUGAACAAAAGUGAGCUGUGCGUUAAGCCAACCGCAGUGCACAAACUGGAACGUCGCGGGGUGGAAGGCGAACCGGCCGAAUGCGACGAUUCGGAUAGUUUGAAAUCGGAACAGAACCACUUCAUCCCGAUCGUACAAUCGAUGCCGAAAAGCAGCUUCUCGUGCAAUACAUUUCGGCGCGUGCCAACCGUCCGACCCGUUCCGUCACCGCUUAAGUACGAAUCGUCCCCGAAGAGUAGCUCGUUCCAGCCGCUCAAACACAAACGCUCGCUGUCGGCAUUUAAGGUUGUGAAACUAGAAGUUCUAACGCCACCGCAAAUUCCUUGGGCAGACAGUGGCGCUCAGUCGUCCGCGAGCAAGAAGAAAGCACAGCCCACCAGCACCGCGCGCCAGCGUGGCCGCCCACGUCGAAUACAGCUCAAGUUUACACCCACCAAAACGCAGAAACCGCCGGCCCAGAAGGACACACACGCCGUCGUUAGCUCUUCAAGCGGUCGCACCAGGCGCACGGUAGCUACGACCACCAGGCCAGUCACUUUAAAGGACAUCAUAGUAAGCGAUCAGCAGCGGCGCGAGCAACAGAUCGAGAUGGAGCGACGCGAUUUUGAGUUUGCACAGAAGCUGCAGCAAAAGCUUAACCGGUCGCUCGGCGUAAUGCAAGAGAUACAGCGGCAGCAGCCGCCGGUUCACCGAAGUACCGCCGCCUACUCACUGCGCCGCAAAGGACCGGUCGAAGAUUGCGGCACCGUCGAGAGCGGAAGUAGCAGCAGCAGCAGCAAACCUGACUCGGCCAGCAGUAGCAGCACGAAGAAAACGCCCGCUCAAACGACACGCAAACGAAAGGCCACCAGCAGCAGUGUGGAGAAUGACGUUCCUUCCAGUUCCUCGCCAGCGAAGCGCGCUACGCCAGAGAUGAAAACAAGGCGGCAAACGAGACAGACGCGUGUCAUGAUGAAGAAUGGGAAUAAUUCUAGUCUAGAUGAGCUGCCCGAGCAUCAUGCGGACGAACAACAGCAACAUUCGGUAGCAGUACCGGUGCGCAAGUCCACCAGAAACAAGACUCGCUAGGAGCAAACGGAUUCUCCGUUAUACGCAGUUCGCGCUCGCGGUGGAUCGAAUGCAUCGAAUCAAAAUUACAGUUGCCGCUUUCCUUCCUAUUUUUACUAUCAUUUAUGCUACCUUAAUUGCAUUUUAAACACCAUCUUCUGAGCAUUGUCCUGAGUUGAUGGCGAUAAGCGCGACAUGAUAAUCGAACGAAGCAAUUCAAACCUGGAAAACUCGGACGACGCCGAACGCCGCGUAGUUCGCGCCCCAAUAGGUUGUAGAUAUGUGUAUGUAUGUAUCUUGGAAGUAAUACUCGAUUCGUGAAAGGUUAUUUUUGUACGUACGUGUAACGUGAUUUUUAAGCUCUAGUUUAAGCGAUCCUGUACGAUCCUAUGAAGCCGCGUAUAUAUUUUCGUUAAGCUGCAGGUACCCCUCACCAUACCUUACAAACUUCCCCGUAACCGAAUCGCACAACCGUCGCCACAAGCGAUUAGCUGGCCGAGAGCUGAUGCUAACAGCGCGCGAGCCAAUAGUUUGACAAUGUAACGAACAGUAUCAACAACAGCGAAAUAGGAAAAACCAAGGGAAACUAUUCUGUCGAUCGGA